AUGCACGCAAAACUUCUCAACGUCUCCACGGAGGAAGACAAAUAUUGUGGUUGUACACGACAACAACUUGAACGACAAGAAGGCAUUAACAUCAUCGCAUUCAUCUUGGCCAUCCUUACGGCAGUAUGGCCUUUGUAUCUCAGGUAUAAACGCGCACGCGCUGCGAAAGAGGCCACGAACACCGAUGGUGAAAUCCCAUCCGAAGAAGACCACGUCAUCAAUGAUGCCUCCACCCUCGAGACGCCGAAACAGAAAGAACACCCAUAUUACGAGAGCAGCGGGUACGAGGCGACCCUGGAUCAGAACCAGACUUUGCUAGGCAAUGCGGAAGGCGCUCCGAUCACCCACUGA